AUGCCUGGAAUGAUCGCUACAAGAAUAGCAUAUCAUUACAAUUUAAAGGGCCCUAUAAUGCUUGUAGAUACAGCCUGCAGUUCGGCACUGACAUCGCUAAAAAUUGCAUGUGAGUCUAUGGAAAAUGGGGACUGUAGUGCAGCAUUAGUUGGUGGCAUGAAUAUUGUUUUGUAUCCGUCAAAAACCGGUAUAUAUGGUGAUAAAGGCAUAAUGUCUAAGGAUUUCGUUUGCCGACCAUUCGAUGAGCUUGGAAACGGAACCGUUGUAGGUGAGGGGAUUAUAUGUUUUUACGUAGAACCGCUUCGGAGCGCAAUUGAAUGUCAUAAACACAAAUACGCAGUUCUUAAAUCCAUUGCAGUAAAUAGUGUAGGUAAGGGAAACGGAAUAACGGCACCAUCUUCAAGUUCUCAAGUGAAAGUUAUACAAAAAGCUCUUUCGCUCGCAAACAUAUCUCCAUCAGAAAUCUCAUUUCUUGAAUGCCAUGGCACUGGCACCAUGCUAGGAGACCGAAUAGAGUUAUCAGCAUUAUGUGAAGUAUUUUCGCCAGGAUCACGAACAGAUAAAUUGGCAAUAGGUUCCAUUAAAAGUGCUUUCGGCCACCUUGACUCUGCGGCUGGAUUUGCAGGAUUGUUGAAAAUAAUCGCCAGUUUCAUGUUUCAGAACAUUCCAACAACACUAAAUUUCAAACGUCCCCAUUCUGAGUUGAAGAAAUCACACCUGUAUGUACCAAAUAAGAUUGUCAAAUGGGAAGUGAAUGACAAUCAGAGACGCAUAGCUGGAUUAAGUUCAUUUGGCCUAACAGGAACUAAUUGUCACGCUAUUUUGUCGGAUUCAUUUCCUUUUCCCUCUACUUGCUCCGCUGAAAAAUAUAAAGUAGCGGGAUAUUUGCCUUUGCUCCUUUCUGGUGCAAGCUAUGAGCAUGUGAAAAAACAGGCUUGUUUACAUGAAAGCCUAGUUACACACACAGUUCAACGGUGA